CUGAGUAACUGCACUGCACAGAUGACUGACAAUAAGAUGCUGUUUGUGUUGUUGUUUGUUGCCGCUGUGGUGUAUGAACUGGUGAACCACUGAUUGCGAUUCCACCAUUGAUGGACGGUGAUCUGGUCCUGUGGUUCUCAUCUACAAGCGACCCUGCAUUUCUGGUUUAUCUUAUGACUUCAAGUGAGCAGUUCAAUGAGCUGUCCAAACUGUAUCUAGAGGCUAAGGACAAUGUCAAGUUUUUGGCCACUUUGGAGCGUCACUUCAAGAACAUUUCAUCGGGCUCACUAGCAAGCAUAUAUGACACACUACCUCAGAUGAUGAAUGCUCUGCGAAUGGUGUGGAUAAUCUCUAGGCAUUACAGUGACGAUGUGCGGAUGGGAUCACUCAUGGAGCGGAUAGCAAACGAGAUUGCGGACAAGGUGGCUGAAGGGAUGGUUCUGAAGCAGCUGUUUAAGGCGCCAGCAGUGGAUUCCAUAAGGCAUAUUGAUUUGGCAAAGAGCGUUUUGGAGUCCUGGAGUGAGGUGUACCUGAAUGUCAGGGAGAGGAUUGAGAACAGUGGUCGAGAUGCGCGAUGGGAGUUUGAUCGGAAGCGACUCUUUGAGCGCACCAGCUACAUGGCCACCAUAUGCGGUGAUCUUCGGCACAUUGUAGAGGUUGUCGACGACUUCCAUAAGUUUCUGGGCCCAGAGCUGAAGGCAGUUACUGGCGAUGCCCAAGGCAUCGACGAUGUCACUCAGCGUGUUGCGGCCAUGAUUGAGCCCAUAGCCAACUUGCCAUUUGAUGCAUUCGACAAGCGGCACACACACGAUUGGGCAUCAGCUGUUGCACAGUUCAAUACGGACAAAGAGCAGAUUGAACAAGCUACAAGGGCAUUUAUUGACACCUCCUUCAAAAAGCUUCGCAGUGCUGAAGGUGCAAUUGAACUCCUGGAGAAUUUCAAGUCCAUCAAGAGUGAGGGAGCCAUCAAUCGUCAAAUGAUGGAUAAAUUCAAUGACAUUCUUGAGCAGGUACCACAUCAGCCAGAGCUGAUGUCGGCGGAACAGGACACCGGGGCACUGCCACGACGCAGUGCCAGGCUUGGAGUUCGUGCCCAACCUGUGGUACCUCCACGAACCAAGGCUCAGCAACAGAGACUCAGCAGGCGGACGACUCCAGCGGCAUCGAGUACAGCAUUGACGGUACCGGUUACCACCGGAGUUCUUCCCGCAUGUCCGGUCCGAGGGACCCUUGAACCGCUGGCUGACUACCUGGGGCGGCUACAGGUAUUCACGGAUGCCGUAGCUACCGCCAAGGCUCAGCAGGAGGCAGCAGAGGCAGAACGUCAGCGGCUGGCCAAUGAGACGGCAGCCCAAGCUCAGCACACUGCUGAGGCUGAUGCAGCAGCACGAGACCAACGGAAUGCCGCUAGCACGGAGUCCCUGAUUCAUAGUUACCACCAGAUUGAAAUCCAGCCUCAAGAUCGGUACAAGACCGCGUUCAAGACGCGGUACGGGCAUUUUGAGUGGGUUGUCAUGCCUUUUGGCCUCACCAAUGCCCCCGCGACUUUUCAAGCAGCUAUGACGACCGAGUUUCGCGACUUGCUCGAUCGCAGCGUCCUCAUCUACCUCGAUGACAUUUUGGUCUAUAGCAGGACGUUGGACGAGCACAUCAUACACCUUCGCGCUGUUUUGAAUCGUUUGCGACUAGCCAAGUACAAAGCAAACCGUGACAAGUGCGAGUUCGCCAAGCAGGAGCUUGAGUAUUUGGGCCACUAUGUUAUGCCGAAAGGCAUUCGUCCCUUAGCGGACAAGAUCCAAGCCAUCGUGGAUUGGCCGGAACCCCGUUGCACGACGAAUGUACGCUCUUUCAUGGGUUUGGCUGGAUAUUAUCAGCGAUUCGUCGAGUCAUACUCGAAAGUAGCCGCYCCUUUGUCGAGACUUCAGUCCCCGAAGGUGCCCUUCGAGUUCGACGACGCAGCCCGUGGCACGUUCACUACGUUGAAGGCAGCAAUGCAAGCCGCACCUGCCCUCCGUAUAUACGACCCCACCCUHCCCACCCAAGUGACUACGGACGCUUCGGGAUACAGUAUUGGUGUGGUGUUGGAACAGUGUCACGAGGACGGUUGGCAUCCGGUCGAGUAUUUCUCCCAAAAUGUGCCUCUCGUCAACACUCUCGACGACGCUAGGAAGAAAGAGCUACUCGCGUUCGUCGCCGUUCUUAAACGGUGGCGCCACUUUCUUCUCGACUGUCGGCGUUUUAAAUGGAACACGGACAACCAUCCGUUGACCUUUUACAAAACGCAGGAUACGGUCACUAGCACGAUCGGUCGAUGGAUGUAUUACAUCGACCAGUUCGACUUUGACCCGUGCCACAUUCCCGGUCCCGCUAAUCGAGCUGCGGACGCCCUCUCACGACGGCCCGAUUUUUGUGCCAUUGUGACCACGGCAUUCGACCUCGAGGACGAUCUGCAGCCGCAUUUCGUCAAAGGCUACAAGUCCGAUCCGACUUACUCUACGCUUUAUGCGGAGCUUUCAUCGGAUCACCCGCCGGCUAGCCACUAUCGGAUUUCCGACGGGUUCCUUCUCCUUCACACGAGAGGAAAAGACUUGUUAGUUGUGCCCCAAGAUCGCAUCUUACGGAUUCAUCUUCUCGGCAAAUUCCACGACGCACGACUUUUGGCACACCUUGGCGCUGCCGACAUAGACGUCCCUUGCUCUCCCGCUUCCGUUCGGAAGUAUCGGGACUUGCUGAUCAAAGCCCGCGCAAAUAUGCAGAAGGCUCAAAUCCGCAUGCAGCAGCAAGCUAACCGACGUCGACUUCCAUGUCCUUUCCGCGAGGGAGACCUUGUUUGGGUCCUCUCCGAGGAAUUUGCGCUCGAGCAGGACGUUUUGCGCAAACUCCUUCCGAAAUGGUUCGGACCAUGGGAAGUCACUUCUGCCGUUGGAGACGACCCCGCAGGUCCUUCCUUCGUGAUCAACAUCCCUCCGCACCUUACAGUGCACCGGGUCUUCCACGCGUCGAAGCUGGCCAUCUACACGCCACCUUCCACCGACGAGUUCUCCGGUCGUCGAUCACAGGAUCCGCCUUCUAUGGACGGAUAUCAGGAAGUGGACCGAGUCAUCACGCACCGCAAGUAUGGCAACAAGCCAAUGCAGUUCAAAGUCACAUUCAAGCAAUGUGCGCCUGACGACACUCGGUGGAUCUCUAGUGCAGACUUGCAGACUUCUGCACCCCUUAUCUUCGCCGACUAUGAGAAGCGACGCCUUGCCAAGGAAGCAGCUCGUCCCACCCGACCCAUCCCGGUAUCGGACAGACAACUUCGCCCUCGCAGGUCGCGGCCAGUCCUGAACUACAGCAACUUUUGUUGCUUCAAGAGCCAACCCGUCUCCAGAAAUCACGUGUCCCAGAUAGAUUACAGAGGGAACCCCAAAGGAGGAUUUCUCCCUGUUAAUCUUAUACUGGUUAGCACGCAAGGCCUGGAGGACCAGAGCCAGAUGCUGCGCAUGCUCCUGGACAGAACGACUGAAUACCAAGAUGUCAUCAAGGUAGACAACUACGAACUUGUCCAGUUUUCACGGGAGAUUGAUGCAACACGUGACAUGUUCGAGCACCGCUCGAGUAUUCCACCUUGCACCCGUAAUCAGCCACCUGUAGCUGGAGCUGUGAACUGGGCACGAGCAUUGUUUGGACGAGUGCGAAAAACUAUGUUCAAAUUCAAGAAUGCUGGCGAAGACAUACUUGUAGAAGAAGCUGGCCAUGAGGUUCACAAGAAAUAUGUGGCCCUUGCCAGGCAGAUGAUGGUUUUUGAGAAGACUUGGUUUGCAAACUGGAAAAACACGGUUGAUGUCGCAACCUUGGCAUAUCUGAAGCAGCCAAUCAUUCGGAAAGAACCCGGCGGAGAAAUUGUUGUCAACUUCCAUCCUGAGCUUAUGCGCCUCAUUCGUGAGACUCGGUACUUGGACAGAAUGGGGUUCCGCAUACCGGAUGUUGCUCUAAAUGUUACUCUGCAAGAGGACAAGUAUCAUACAUAUGUAGAGAAUCUCCGAGGGAUGCUGAAAAGCUACCAUGCUGUCAGGGAAUUGAUCACUUCGAUUGAGAAGAAGCUUCUUGGAUCACGGCUUGCCAGACUAGAGAGGGUGCUUGACCCCGGAUUCUCGCCUCUGAAUUGGAACUCCUUGGGCAUCCCGGAUUUCAUUAGUACGUGUACCAAGGCUAUCAACGAGUUCAACUCACUGGUGAAUCAGGUACAAAAGAAUUCCAAUAUUAUUGAGAAGGUUGUUGACACAAUCUGGAAUGCGACAUUGAUUGUGUCUUUCCCGAAACGGACAGCUUCUGAAAUUAUGGAUUUGCAGGUCAGUGUAGUCCUCAGAGAAAACUCCUGUACAAGGUCAUGAUUCAGUCAUGGGAAACGGUUUGUCACUGGUGUGGCAGACUACUACUGUCUUCACCCGAAUAGAACGAGCGGUCAUUAUCACUG